AUGGCGGACUCCGGCCACUCCGUCACCGUCGAUAUGGAAUCAGUCCCGGUCGCCGGAAAGGAGCAUAUUAUGAAAACUGGUUGUGGUUCUGUGUCGGUGGCCGUUUUUGGGGACCAGGACAAGCCUGCUCUAAUUACCUAUCCUGAUUUAGCCUUAAAUUAUAUGUCCUGCUUCGAAGGUCUCUUCUUUUGUCCAGAAGCGUUUUCUUUAUUUCUCCACAACUUUUGCAUCUAUCACAUCAGUCCUCGUGGACAUGAGCUAGGAGCUGCUGUUGUGGGGCCCGAUGAACCGUUGUUAUCCGUCGAUGAUUUAGCUGAUCAGAUUCCUGAAAUACUUGACCAUUUUGGAGUUGGUGCAGUAAUGUGCUUGGGGGCAACAGCUGGAGCUUAUAUUCUUACCCUCUUUGCUAUGAAGUACCCACAACGUGUUAUGGGUUUGAUUCUUGUUUCCCCUCUAUGCAAAGCACCAUCUUGGACAGAGUGGCUGUACAAUAAGUUAGUAUCCAACUUACUUUACAUGUGUGGGAUGUGUGGUCUAGCAAAAGAGUUGUUGCUCAUACGGUAUUUCAGCAAGGAACAUCGGGGCAGUGUGGAUGUACCAGAAUCAGAUAUCGUUCAAUCAUGCAGACGAUUGUUAGGAGAAAGGCAGAGCCCAAAUGUGCUUCGGUUUCUUGAAGCUAUCAACGAGAGACCAGAUAUCACCGAAGGCUUGAAGAACCUGAAGUGCCGAACUUUGAUAUUCGUUGGGGAACACUCUCCUUUCCAUUAUGAGGCCCUCCACAUGACAUCAAAGCUAGAUAGGAGAUUAAGCGCCUUGGUAGAGGUUCAAAGAUGCGGAUCGUUGGUUACGGAAGAACAACCGGACGCGAUGUUGAUACCAUUGGAAUAUUUUCUCAUGGGUUUCGGCUUCUACAGGCCGUCAAAAUCCAGUGUCAGCCCGAGAAGCCCGUUGAGCCCGACUAGCAUCUCACCCGAGCUUUUCUCACCGGAAAGCAUGGGGCUGAAGUUAAAGCCAAUCAAAACCAGGAUCCAGGAAGAAGUGUGA